CCAGGUGGACGUGUGAGUCACGUGAGGUCGAGGGGCGGCCCCACGGAAGCAGAGCGGCGCUGGCCUGGGCUUGAUCCUACAAAGUCAAAGCUGCAGGGAAAUGGACAGCGAGGUACAGAGAGAUGGAAGGAUCUUGGAUUUGAUUGACGAUGCUUGGAGAGAAGACAAGCUGCCUUAUGAGGAUGUUGCAAUACCACUGAAUGAACUUCCUGAACCUGAACAGGACAAUGGCGGCACCACAGAAUCUGUCAAAGAACAAGAAAUGAAGUGGACAGACUUAGCCUUACAGUACCUCCAUGAGAAUGUUCCCCCCGCAGGCAACUGACCCUGGGUCCCUUUUCUUGCAGUAAAAAGAAAAAUAUGCUUAUAUAGAAUGCUUUCUUCCUGUCUCCUGAUUCAGACCUUUUAGUGAUGAAUCAGGACUCAAAAAUAAUGCACCUGGACCAACAAGAUGGCUUACCUGGAUAGUGUGCCUGCCUUUCUUUUCUUUAUGGAGCUAAUAACUUCUUGUUAUUUUUUUAAAUUUUAUAUAUAUAUUUUCUUCACCACUGCUAUCACCAAAGGUCCUUGUCCCCACCUCCACUCCCAUACAUAACCACUAUAGUUCUCCCACAGUCUUGAAAAUAGGUUGAUACUUUGUUUUUUUCACAUUUGUAUAUUCAGCUGUCUUUAUUCUGUAUAUGAGUGAAAACAGUCCUUCUAGCUGUUUUCCUAGCUGUCCUUCACUUCCUUGCUUGCUUCACUGAGCAUGAUCAUCUCUAAUCCCAUCUACUUUAUCCCAAAGGACACUCUAUUGUCCCUUUUAAUUGCUGCAUAAUACUAAGUUAAGUAUAUUUCCCUAACAUUUUAUCCAGUCAUCUGUUUAAGGGCAUUUUUGUUGUUUCCAGAUUUUUGCUAUUGUGAAUAAAGCCUCUAUAAACAUG